AUAUCUAUUUAUUAUUAGGAAGCAUUGAAGCAUGUAUUUACUUGUUAUAUCAAAUGCGUUUUGUGGUGCCUGGUGGACCCCAGAAACUCAGAAAAUUCUUCUUCAGAAAAGGCGAGUCAAACUUCCAACUCUCCCAGUCCCACCAACUCUGCUUCUGUGCACCUUUCAUUCUGAAACAACUUUAUUCUUUCUUUUCAACACAAACUCCAUUUUGUAUAUUUAUAGGUCUCAUAUAUAUAUAUAUAUAUAUACAAUUAAUGGAUGGAAAAUUGAAACAAGAGAAGCAGCAAGCCAUGCAAAUUCAAAACAAAGCUGCCUCGCUAAAAUUAAGGUCCGCAAAUGAAGAUGUGAAGUUGGCUGCCGUAGCCAUAAGCUUCAACGUACGGUUGAGAUCAUCCGACAUGCCAACCCACAUGCAAGAACACGCCUUGAGAAGCACCAGAUCGCUCCUCGACUCUGUCGUUUCCACAAAAACGACAACAAAAACUCGUCCGAAGCCCAACCCCACCCUCCUCGCUAGAGCUCUCAAAAAGGAGUUUGACUUGUCGUACGGACCAGCGUGGCACUGCGUGGUCGGAGCGAGUUUCGGGUCGUUCGUGACUCACUCGCCAGGUGGGUUCGUCUACUUCUCCAUUGACUCACUGUCGGUUCUACUUUUCCAAACAGAGGUGAAGUUGGUCACGGAAGCUCAACAACAACUACUACUACGGAAUUAAAUUAAUUUCAAGAUUUGGAUUCAUUUAAGAUUUUUCUUCUCAUCCUAAUCUUGUAUUGUAUUGUAAUUAAUUUUUGCCAACUUCAGUACGCCAUUACAGAAAACGACACCUGUUGUUACAGUGUUACAAUCUGUGUCGUUUGUGCCUUUUUUGUGUCAAAGAGUUGUUACUUCCUUACUAGUGUGGUGUGAGUGGCAGAGCCAGUGUGUGAUGAAUUUGGUCUAUAAAGACACGCAAUAUCAGAAUAUGAGUAGAAGUAGAGCAUGGAUUUCUGUUUUUGGGUUAGGUUAGGAGACAGAGGAACAAGUUUGUCUGGCAUGUUCACUUUCCUAGAUAGAAUUCUUCUCCUAAUUUUGAAGUAAACUUUUUAUUAAAAGUUAAAAAAAAUAGUGUCAUGUUAUCAACCUAGGGAAAAGAAACGAACCGACUUGUGAUCUUAAACUUAUGAAGUCUAUUGCUUUGUCGU